UUGAAAAGCCAGUUGCACUGAAAAGGGGAACAAGAGAGGCAGAGGAAGCGAGGCAAUUUGAUUAAGCAAACCCGCAAGCAAGCAGAAGUGAAAGAUCAAAGUUUUCUGUAUAAAUCGAAAUGUUAAGAGGGAAUGCUGCUGGAAGAAGGCCAUACAGCCCGAAAAACUCACAGCAACCCAGUGAUUCCGGCCAUGAAGACCUUCAACAACAAAUCAGAAGCGUGUUUGACAUAGAAGACUCCCAGAGCAAAAGCUGAUCCUUCUUUUGCUGAAUGGCUGCUGCAUGUUUCUCAGGAAUCUGAUAUGCUACAUCUUGCUAAAUUACAAAUAAUAGGGGCAUACAAGAUCUGAAUGACAUCAGGUUGAAAGAUAGCAGUGAACCAGUAUGUUGGUUUAAAAUAUGUGGAACUCUGAAAGCUGGAAAGGUUCCAUAAGUUUUAUUGAGCAACAUAGAUGCUUCCAGGUUUUUUUCUUCCCACGCUGGAUUAUAAAAGUGAAGUUAGUGUUGGCGUUAGCAUUUAAAAAAUUUCUCCUGCAAGUACAUCAUCUUGUUUGAUGGCUCGGCUGUAUUUUUCUUCCACUCUUUUCUUUGAUUACCCAUUAAGAAAAUUACAAAAUGGUGAUUAAAUACCCCAAGGAAGAUAUACAUUCUAGUUCUGAAAGAUUACUUCCAAGCAAACGGUGCAACAAGAGACCGUAUUUGAUGAAAACUUGAAGAAAGUCUGUGCAACAGAAAAAAAGCAGGAGCUUGCCUACCAAGGGUCACUUUCUGGCCAUCACUGCAACCAGGAUUUGCUCUCCUUUGGAUGGAUGGGACAAAACAGCUAUUUUCAACAAUGACUACGAAUUCAAAAAUGCGGUACUUCCUAGUAUUUUUUACCUUAUGUAUUCCACUUUCAAUCUUGGUGUAUACAUCAAAACUCUCUGGUAAAAAUAUCCCAAGGAGUGACAAUCAGACAACUUUGGCAGAAACUUGCAAAGCAAUUGUGGAGGGAAAGAGAUUUUUUGUGCAAGAAAACCUGCUGAAGACAUCAUUUGGGAAAUCUAACUGCAGCUAUUACAUGACCCAAAGUCACUAUAUUACCAAAUCGCUUUCUCAAGAAGAAGCCUCAUUUCCUUUAGCCUACACGAUAACUUUGCACAAGGAGUUUGAUACUUUUGAGAGGCUCUUCAGGGCUAUCUAUAUGCCUCAAAACAUUUACUGUAUCCAUGUGGAUAAAAAGGCCCCCGAAAAAUACAAGAAGAAAGUGGCGCAACUGUUGGCCUGCUUCCCCAAUGCCUUCCUUGCUUCACAGUCAGAGCUGGUGGUUUAUGCUGGGAUAUCCCGGCUUCAGGCUGACUUAAACUGCAUGAAAGAUCUUGUGAAGUCUGCGGUGCCCUGGAAAUACCUUCUCAACAUGUGCGGGCAAGAUUUCCCCUUAAAAACCAACAAGGAAAUUAUUCAACAUCUAAAAAAAUUCAAGGGGAAAAACAUUGCUGAUGGAGUAUUGCCUCCUCCUCAUAUUAUCAAAAGGACAAAAUAUAUAUACAGAGAACAAAUGUUUGGCAUCUUUUCUUUCAUUCUACCCACUUUAUUAUGGAAACCACCUCCUCCGCAUGGCCUCACAAUCUAUUUUGGCCCUGCCUAUGUUGCUCUUACAAGGAAAUUUGCCGACUUCAUACUCCAAGACCAACGUUCUCUUGACCUCCUUGAGUGGUCCAAAGAUACCUACAGUCCCGAUGAACAUUUCUGGGUGACAAUGAACAGAAUACCAGGUAUGUUUUAUUUCUUCCAUGAUUGAUCUGUUAUUGUUGUCAUUUCUUAUCAAGUAUUGCUAUUAUGCAAUAAUUAUGUAUAUGGUAGGACCAUUUCAAAGUUGAAGGUCUGUGAGGUCAAAACACAUUUGCAAGAUGCUACUAUUCAAAUCCUGAACUUUGUUGUUUGGUGUUUUAUGAGAUUUCAUGAUGUCUAUCUUAACAUUUAUUCAAGUUAUUCAUUUAAGCUUGGUUUAAAAGGCAUUCAUGAGCUCUCAUCUGUCAGCUCCAGCUCCCUAUGUGGGGACAUGAGAGAAGUCACCCACAACGAUGGUAAAACAUUAAAAACACCCGGGCGUCCCCUGAGCAACGUCCUUGCAGACGGCCAAUUCUCUCGCACCAGAAGCUAUUUGCAAUUUCUUGUGUUGCUCCAGACACGAAAAAUAUAUAUACCCUAUAUAUUAAUGUAUAAGUCUAGACCUUUCAGUCAAAAAUCAAUCCAAACAAAUUGAUUUAUCCAUGAGUCAAUAUGAAUGUUAUAUUUUAACUCCUACAAAAAAAGAAACUGUGCCCUUCUCUGUGGAGAGCUGCAAAAAGCAAAAAAGAAAGAAAAAAGAAAAAAGCACCAGUACUACCUACUUUCUAUGCCAUAAUGCUUUUUAUUGUGGAUUGAUGAUGAUAAAUGGAAGCUCUUAAGUGUGCCCACAAUCCAGAGUCACCUGCAGAACAAUAGCAUGCCACUCAGGUUUACAGAACAAACAUACAGGAACUUUACUGAUUCCAAGAGAUCAAAAAAGGUAGUACAGUAGAGUCUCACUAAUCCAAGCCUCGCUUAUCCAAGCCUCUGGAUAAUCCAAGCCAUUUUUGUAGUCAAUGUUUUCAAUAUAUCGUGAUAUUUUGGUGCUAAAUUCGUAAAUACAGUAAUUACAACCUAACAUUAUUUCGUACUGAACUACUUUUUCUGUCAAAUUUGUUGUAUAACAUGAUGUUUUGGUGCUUAAUUUGUAAAAUCAUAACCUAAUUUGAUGUUUAAUAGGCUUUACCUUAAUCUCUCCUUGUUAUCCAAGAUAUUCGCUUAUCCAAGCUUCUGCCGGCCCGUUUAGCUUGGAUAAGUGAGACUCUACUGUAUUUACAAUGAUCCCUCUGAUCACUUACAGAAGUCUACAGUCAUAAAUAGUCCUUUCUUAGUUCACAAAUCUGCUUCAGAGAAGAAUACAGUCCUGGUUCUGCACCCUCUUUUUUCAGCAGCAAACAGGCCUCAAAAUAGCAAGGCCUCUUUGAGUACACUUCUCUCUUCCAGUACUCAGUCAGCACUGAAAUACUUGUCCAAAAUGGUUCUGCAGCAGCAGAACAGAAACAGUAUCAAGUCAAUCCCCAGGUCUUUGAAAUCUCAGCCAACUGGCUUCAUGCACUUCAUUUUCCAGUUAACACACACAGCACAGUGUCUUUGCAAAUCAUGACACUUUUAGCCUUUUUUAAAGUCUGGGAAGGGAAAUUGUGACUUUAUCUUGGGUAGCAUUGGUGCUAUUCCCUCUCUGUGAGAAGAACCUUGAUAUCCACAGAUGAUAUCAAAAUCCAUAAUUUUGGCCCCCAAAUCUGCUCUUGAUGCAUACAUGAAGUCAAGAUAUAGGGCUAUAUAUCAUAAUCCCUCCACCCUACCAUCCUAUAGUUUUGUAUCUUGUUUCUCUCAGGUAUAAUGGAGACUGGAUACACAGGGUUGAAAUGCCAGGAAUGUGUUAGAAAUUAACAGAAAUUAUGAUAUCAUAUUCUACCACCAUGACACAGAUUUCCCUGUUCUCUUUGGGUUUACCUGCAAUCUUCACAUUAACUGAAGGAGGAGAAUAAAUUCUCCUAGGAUCUAAAUCACAGCGAGCUUAUCCCUGUUAUUAUUGCUGGACAUUCAGGGAGAUUUGUUCUUGAAUGAAUAAGUUGUUUGCCAUUCUUGCUGGAUAUGGAAAUAACUUUAGCACUGCUAGCAUACCUAACUGGUUUUGUGCAGUCUCUUUGGAGUUCUGGCUUUAGGGAUGUUUGCGACAAGUAACAUCACUAUGCAACUGUUUUAAGAUUAUUAAAAAUCCAGUUUUAAAAUAUCUGAAAAGACUGCCAUUUCCAAACACUGUUGGAUCACUAUUAUCCAAAGAUAGUAGGAUGGAUUUACACUAAAGUAGUCAAAAUGUUAUAUCAGCAUAAUAUAGCAAUGACACCAUACAAAUAGCUUUGCCUGAAUGCUGGCCAUCCCAGUACAAGGCAGCUAUAAGCUAUAUUUCAGGAGAAGGAACUGGCAAACAACCUCUAAAUAUUCCUUGUCUGAGAAAACUGUGAAAUUCAUGGGUUCAUCAUAUGUCAAUGGACAACACAACAAUGACAGUGAGGCAUAGUUACAAAACUGGCAGAAGUUGUUUCUGCAGUUUGACCGCACUGCCAUGGAGCCCCCAUGCAAUGGGUUGAACGCUUGUGCUGGCAGGACUGCUGACCGAAAAGUCAACAGUUCGAAUCUGAGGGGUGGGGUGAGUUGCCGUCUGUCAGCGCCCAGCUUCCCAUGCAAGGACAUGAGAGAAGCCUCCCAUAUGAUGGUAAAACAUCCAGGCGUCCCCUGAGAAAUGUCCUUGCAGAUGGUCAAUCCUCUCACAUCAAGUUGCUCCUGAUACUAAAAAAAACCCACUGCCAUGACUCAUAGAAUCAUGGCAGCUGUAGUCUUACAAGGCUGUAGUCUUAUAAGGUUUUCUCUGCCAAAGAAGUGCUGAUGCCUGACCAAAUUACAAAUCCCAGGAUUACAUAACAUUGAGCCAUGACAGUAAAAAUGGUGUCAAAUGCAUAAAAUCUUCAGUAUAGCCAGGGCCAGCCCUAGGCAAUUUUCAAGUGUAAGCAAACCGUAUUUUGGCACCCCCCCCCCCCCCCCAAUGCAGUGAGAGUGGAAGAAGAGAGCCAUGGGCUGGGCUGUGGUGCAGGCUGGAUAGCAAGCCAGCUGCAACAAAUCACUCUGACCAAGAGGUCAUGAGUUCGAGGCCAGCCUGUGCCUGCGUAUUGUCUCUGUCUCUGUUCUAUGUUAUGGCAUUGAAAGUUUGCCUUUAUGUGUGCAAUGUGAUCCGCCCUGAGUCCCCUUCGGGGUGAGAAGGGCGGAAUAUAAAUGCUGUAAAUAAAAUAAAUAAGUAAAUGGAGAU